CAGAUAGUGCUGCUACAGCAUGCUGUCGGACGGCGAGCUGAAGAGCCUGACCAAUGGCCACUCACUGUACCGCGUGCUGCAGCCCUGGUGGGACGUCUUCUGCCACUACCUCUCCAUCAUGAUGUUCACCAUGGCAACGCUGGGGUGCACCCUGCAGCUCACCCUACGCAGGUUCAUCUGCGUUCCCUGCUACAUGUCCACAGUUGACGGUCUAUGCGAAAACCCCUACGACGACCACGCCCCCAAGCAGCACGACACGGCGUCGCUACCCCCCAACGGCAGCAUGCCCAAGUUCUACAUGUCGCCGCCAUCCUCCCCCUCUCCCGGCGGCGGUGGCAUCUACCGUCUGGACCUGCAGCAGUACACCUACGUGGACGCCGUGUGCUACGAGCGCGAGCUGCACUGGUUCGCCAAGUUCUUCCCCUACGUGGUCAUGCUGCAGACCCUGGUGCUGGUGGUGAUCAGCAACUUCUGGUUCAAGUACCCCAGCACCAGCGCCAGACUCGUGCACUUCGUCUCCAUCCUGCACAAGUGUUUCGACUCGCCCUGGACCACGCGCGCGCUCUCCGAGACCGUGGUCGAGCAAGGAGGAGGAGGGGCAGGGGGCGGAGCCGGAGCUGGAGGUGGAGGUGGUGGCGGAGGUGGAGCCGGAACCUCCCAGCAGCCCUCGUGUUCUAGCGUCGUCGACCCCUCCCCUUCGACCUCCACCACCUCCAGUGAAGAGAGGAAGAUGCUGGGGAUGGAACCUAUCAGCGUUCUGGACAGGAAGGAAGGAGAGCAGGCCAAGGCCAUCUUCGAGAAGGUGAAGAAGCUGAAGGUGCAUGUUGAGGACAAAGACAUCGUCUAUCACCUUUACAUGCAGCAGAACGUGGCCAAGAUGCUGGUGCUAGCGGCGUCGCUAGGCUACCUCCCGCAGGCAGCCUCACACAUCACCUUCCAGGUGGACUGCGUGGUGGACAUGAGGGCUCUGAUGCCCUACCGCUUCUUCCGCUGCAUCCACUCGCUGGCCACCAUCUUCUGGCUCCUGUCGCUCGUCUACAUCGUCAUGAUCAUGCUCUACGCCCUGACCUGCGCCUACAGCCUGUGCUGGAUGGUCCGCAACUCGCUGCGCCACUACUCCUUCGACUCGGUGCGUGAGGACAGUGUCUACAGCGACGUGCCUGACGUGAAGAACGACUUCGCGUUCAUCCUGCACCUGCUGGACCAGUAUAACCCUCUCUUCUCCAAGAGGUUCUCCGUCUUCUUGUCCGAGGUGAGUGAGAAGAAGCUUCGUCAGUUGAACCUGAACACCCUGUGGCCACUAGAGAAGCUGGGUCAGAAGGUGGUGCGGAACUCUAAAGACCAGCUGGAACUCCACCUCAUGCUGCUCAGCGGCAUCCCCGCUGCCGUCUUCGAGUUCCAGGACCUCGAGGUGCUGAAGCUGCAGCUGAUCCCGGAGGCGCGGUUCCCCCAGAAGCUGUCCCAGCUGACCCACCUGAGCGAGCUCUGGCUGGACCACACCCCCGCCACCGUGGACGCCAUGGCCCUCGCCUUCCUGGCCAAGAACCUGCGCAUCCUCAAGCUGAAGUUCUCGGAGGCCGAGAAGGCGCCCAGCUGGGUGUUCAGCCUGUGUAACCUGGCGGAGCUUCACCUGUAUGGUAACCUGUUCUCAGAGGAGCACUCAGCCUUCGUCAGCAGUCUGCCCAAACUGAAGAACCUCAGGGUGCUCUUCCUCAGGUGUAGUGUCACCAUGAUGCCCAAGGUGGUGGCAGGGUCGAUGAGCUCUCUGCAGACUCUCAUAGUGGAUAACGAGGGGACACAGCUGCUGGCGCUUCAGAACCUGAAGAGCAUGCAGAACCUCACCUGCCUCAAGCUCAUCAACUGCGACCUCCAGAGGAUCCCCAGCUCCAUCUUCAGCCUCGUCAACGUGCAGGAGAUCGACCUUGAGGGGAACGAUCUCAAGACCAUCGAGGAGGUCAUCAGCUUUCAGCACAUUCCGCGUCUCUUCACUCUGAAGCUGAAGCACAACAGUAUCACCUACAUCCCCGUGCACAUCGGUGUCUUGGAGUCGCUCGAGCAGCUGCACCUAAGCCACAACCACAUCAAGACCAUACCCGCCCAGCUGUUCCUGUGUACCAGGCUGUAUUAUCUGGACCUCAGUCACAACUCCAUAACGUUCAUUCCCGGGGAAAUCCAGAACCUCAGACGACUGCAGUACUUGAACAUUGCCAACAACAAUAUCGAUGUCAUCCCAGAUGAAGUCUUCCACUGCAGGACUCUGCAGUCUCUCCUGCUGGACCACAACAACCUGUCCAGCGUCCCUCCCCAGGUGAGCGUGCUGACCAACCUCUCGCUGCUGGACCUGCGCGGGAACCAGCUGGAGAGUCUGCCGGUGGAGCUGGAGGAGUGCGUUGGUUUGCGUCCCGGAGGUCUCCUGGUGGAGGAGGUGCUGUUCAACUCCCUCCCGCCCGGCAUCAAGGAGGGCUUCCAGCACCCCCUCAAGGCCUCCGACUCGGACGUGGUCCUCAACACCAGCUGCAACUUGGUGAUGUGCAACACUGGGCACGGAGACAGCGGACUACCAUACUCUGUGUGAUAUACUGUAGAUCCAGGACCGCCAUGGGACAGCUUCAACCGGGCCCAGGACUAAGUCAUCUGGUAGAACCCCUCUUUCAAUAAUAUAUGCAAUGUAAUGGCAACAAAUUCUGGGACCCUCUCUCUCUGGGCACCGGGACAACUGACCCAUUUAGGAUAUCCCCCCCUGCCGGCUUCGCUGGAUAGGUCAUAUGUGGGUCACCAAUUUUGCAAGGUACUGUCUGCAUGUGUUAUGACUUUAUGAAUGCCAACAUGCAGUACAAAGUCAAAGUUAAAUAAGUUGUUGAUUGAGUUUAUUGGUUAAUAAUUGAGUUUUUUUUAUACUAACUACUUAUUGUUCUAGCCAUUCAGCUGCUGUUAUGAAAUGGUUUAUGUUCAAUUCUUUGUUUGGUUGUAAGAAAAGUUGCAAGAACCUGUUGUCUUAUUUUGUUUGUAUUAGGAUGCAUUGGGAUUUGAAAUGUGAAUGGGCAUUUUUGCAUUUUUGUGUUGUUCAGAUGCAGGUAGCCUAUACUUUGACAUUUGUUGUACUUUUUACAUUCAUGCGUUUUAUCUUAAAAUACACCAUUUGUUUUUAUUCA